AUGAACGCCCUCGAUGGUGUCCCCUUCAAGGUGCCCAAAGGCUUUGUGAUAGGCACAGAGGCUCUCCCUGGGCCAGAGCUCAGUGUCCCAGCCUGCAGGGAGCUUCUGCUGGGUUCGUUGCACGACUUCAGCCUGGAGAGGAGCGCGCUGUUCUGGGUGGAGGCCGCCGUCCGGGGACCCUGCCCAUACCAGUGUGGUGGCCCGGGGACAGCGUCAGCCCCACCGGCCUGGCUCUUGCUGGUCAACCCCGAACGCGGGCUGGAGCCUGCGCCUGCCGCAGUCAAAGGCCCAGAGGACGGACCCCAGGAGCUGCCCGAGGACGAGGACGAGGAUGUGGAUGAGGACGAGGAAGAAGCCUCCUCUGUCAGUGAGGAGGAGCCGGGCUCCGGCGGCCCCCAGCCCGGUUCCCCGGCGAGCCCCGACGCCGGCCGUCGCCCGUGUUCGCUGGACGUGCUGCAGCCCGCGCCCCAGCUCCCCCGCGGCCCCGCGUCGCCCCCGAGGCCCUCCACGGCUGGCGCCAUGUCCCCGCUGCGGAGCCACCGGCCCACGGACGCGUCCCUCAGCCCAUACACCUUCCUGCCACCUCCUGGGGGAGCACCCCAGCCUCUCAACUCCCAAAGAUCAUACCCUGAUUCUGCGGCCGACCUGCUGUCCGCCCUGAGCCAGGAGGAGCAAGACCUUAUUGGGCCAGUGGUUGCCCUGGGAUAUCCCCUGCGAAGGGCCAUUGUGGCUCUACAGAAGACAGGGAGGCAGAGCCUGAGCCAGUUUCUUGGCUACCUCAGCGCCUGUGACCGGCUGCUGCGGCAGGGCUACGAGGAGGGCCUGGUGGAGGAGGCCAUGGAGAUGUUCCAGUUCUCCGAGAGCCAGGCAGGGGAGUUCCUGCGCCUCUGGGAGCAGUUCAGCGACAUGGGCUUCCAGCAGGACCGGAUCAAGGAGGUGCUAUUGGUCCAUGGCAACCGACGAGAGCAAGCCCUGGAGGAGCUGGUGGCCUGUACCCAGUGACCCUAGGUACUCUGCAAUGCCUGGGUGUCCCAGUCCAGUGCCACCCCUGGCAAGCCAUCCUGUGUUAUUAAAACCAAUACGAAUAAUAGAGACAUGCAAGCUCACUAUAAAAAUGCAAACAAUGCCAAGGGUAGGAGUAAAUACCAGAAGAAUCAGCUGGAAGAGUUGAAAGUCUCUGCCUCUGGGAAGGGGCAGAUGGGAGAGUGUGGGCGAAGAUCUAUGUUUCUCAUACAAGCCUUGUAAAACUACCUGUAUCUGACUCUUUAAACUGUGGGCAUUAGUAACUUUGAUUUUAAGAAAUCUAAAACAAUAAAUGAUGGGCAAUUCUUUAAAGUC